CGUUGCGGGCCUUAAGUGGAACAUAGAUGAUAGAAUACUUACUCCUUCUGCUUCUGUCAUUAACACGUUUAUUUUUAAUCACUUGUGACAUGUGAUUUGCUUGUCACUUGCUUGUCACAUUUUACAUUUUACAAAGCUAUAAGUGUAAUUGUGUCCUUAAAGGUUAGUUCGUGUUGUUAAAAAAGAAUAGAAUUAAACUUUAAUUAAUUAUUGAAAAUGGGUGAUAUCCUAAAAGACAAUCGAUUUGCCAAGUAUUUAAAUGAUCCGCGUUACAGACAAAUCCCAAAACAUGAACGAAAAGUUAAAAUAGAUAAAAGGUUUCAGUCUAUGUUUAGUGAUGAAAAAUUUAAAGUAAAAUACACAGUUGAUAAACGAGGCAGACCUAUAAACGAAACGUCCACGGAAAAUUUACGUAAAUAUUACGAUUUGGAUGAAUCUGACGAAAGUGACGAUGAUUUGGAAUCUAGUACCAACAAUCGAUCAAAAAGUGAAGAAACUCGUAAUUCAGCCUACAAGGAGGAUGAAACCGAAUCGAGUGUAGGUCAGUUUGUCAGACGGAGGCCAAGUGACGACGAAGAUAACGAAAACGAAAAGAGCGAAAAACCUGAAUUAAAUAAAAACGACAAACUCGUUCGUGGUGAUUUGGACACGAAAAUUAAGAAUCGACUACUAGAUUUAGAUGUUGAUUACGCUCGUGGAGAAGGUUUUAUUAUGACUGAUUCAUCAAGUGAUGAAGAAAGUAGUGAAAGUGAAGAAGAUAGUGAGGUAGAACAUGAGUGGGGGGAACUAGACGCUGAUGCAGAGACUACUGAAGAAUCCACGAGAAGGAUUGCAAUUUGUCAUAUGGAUUGGGAUUACAUCAAAGCAUCUGAUCUUAUGGUGCUACUUAAUUCAUUCUUACCACCAGGUGGUCUCAUACAUCAUGUUACUAUUUAUCCUUCCGAAUAUGGUUUAAAAAGAAUGCAAGAGGAAGAAUUGAGAGGACCAAUUGAGUUAACAGAAAAGACGGAGACUGACAGACUUUCAGAUGAUGGCGGCAAUGAAGAAGGUUCAAAAUAUCACAUGGAGAAACUACGUCGCUACCAGCUGAAUAGAUUGAAGUACUACUACGCGGUGGUCGAGUGCGACUCAGUGGCUACGGCCGACAAGCUGUACAGUGAAUGCGACGGCAUGGAGUACGAGAGCAGCGCUACGAAGCUGGAUAUGCGCUUUAUACCCGACGAGACCACUUUCGACCAGGAGCCUCGUGAAGUAUGUAACAAGCUGCCUGAUUUGACAAAAUACAAACCACGUUUGUUCACAACAACAGCCUUGCAACAGGCCAAGGUAGACCUCACAUGGGACACCACUAAUCCAAACAGAGCUGAAGCAAUUAAAAGCGCACUUGAUGGGAAAAUAGAUGAUUUAGAUUUAAAAGAAUAUUUAGCAUCCAGCAGUGAAGAUGAAAGUACAGAAGAACAGGAACAAAAAUCAAGUGAUGAAACUGAUGAUCCUAUACAGAAAUACAAAAUGUUACUGCAAGACAUUGAGAAAAAGGAAGAGAAGAAACAAAACAAGGAUAUGGAAAUGGAAAUUACAUGGGGCAUGGGACUUAAAGAAAAGGCAGAUGAAUUAGUAAAGAAGAAAUUAAAUGAAGAUACCAAAAAUUUGACACCUUUUGAACAACUAUUACAAAAGAGAAAAGAAAAGAAAAAAGAACGCAAGUUGAAGAAUAAAAAAGAGAAUAACAAAGAUAAUUCUGAUGAAAAUUCAUCUGAUGAUGAAGUGCCGUCAGAUAUUGAUAUGAAUGAUCCAUACUUUGCGGAAGAAUUCAAUAAACCCGAAUUUAAGAGUAGGAAAUCUAAGAAUAUAACUGAAAAUACGGAAAAUGAAAGUCAGAACUCUGAAGAUGAAGAAAAACGAAAGGCAGAGCUGGAAUUAUUGUUAGAUGAAGAGGAUGGCAAAGAGCAUUUCAGUUUGAAAAAAAUACAAGAAGCAGAAAAUAUCACUAAGAAAUCUAAAAGGAAAAGAAAACUAAAAGAAAAAAUGAAAGAUAAGAAAGAGUCAGUUCCAGACUUUGAAAUAAAUCUUAAUGACGAAAGAUUUUCUGCCUUGUAUGACUCCCAUCUGUAUAACAUUGAUCCCUCUGAUCCUAACUUUAAGAAAACAAAGAAUAUGGAGAAAAUUAUUCAGGAGAAAUUAAAAAGACGACCAAGAGAUAGCGUAAUAUCUGAAAAUACGCCAAAGAAAAGGAGAGAAGACGCCGAACUAAAUGUCUUAGUUAAAAAUAUUAAGAGAAAAACUAAACAAGUUUUAAAUAAAUAAUAUUUUAAAAAAAGAUCAA